GUUCGUAUGUUUAUCUUUGUGUAGGAGAAAAUUCCAGUGGAGGAAGUCUUCCAGCAGUUGAAAUGCACGAAGGAUGGGUUGACAAGUACCGAAGGAGAGAACAGGCUUCGUAUCUUUGGCCCCAGCAAGCUCGAAGAGAAAAAGGAGAGCAAAUCCUCAAGUUCUUGGGGUUUAUGUGGGAUGCUCUUUCAUGGGUCAUGGAGAGUGCUGCUAUCAUGGCCAUUGCUUUGGCCAAUGGAGAAGAGAAGCCUCCGGUUGUCUUACUCGUUAUCAACUCCACCAUCAGUUUCAUUGAAGAGAACAAUGCUGGGAAUGCGGCUGCAGCUCUCAUGGCUGGUCUUGCUCCUAAAACUAAGGUGUUGAGGGAUGGAAAAUGGAGUGACCAAGAUGCAGCAAUUUUUGGUUCCAGGAGAUGUGAUUACACUCCCAGUCACCAAGAACCCCGUGAUGAGAUCUUUUCUGGCUCCACAUGCAAACAAGGUGAGAUCGAAGCUGUUGUCAUUACAACUGGCGUCCAUACCUUCUUUGGCAAGGCUGCUCACCUUGUAGACAGCACCAACAAUAUAUAUGUUGGUCACUUCCAAAAGGUUUUGACAGCCAUUGGUAACUUUUGUAUUUUCUUAAUUAGGUUGGGAAUGGGCAUUGAGAUCAUAGUGAUGUACCCAAUUCAACACAUGAAAUACAGAGAUGGUGCCAUCACUAAGAGGGUGACCGCCAUUGAAGAAAUGGCAGGGAUGGAUGUCGUCUGCAGUGACAAAACCGGGACUCUCACCCUCAACAAACUUACAGUAGACAAGAACCUCAUUGAGGGGGUCGACAAAGAUACUGUUGUUUUGCUGGCUGCCAGGGCAUCCAGGGUUGAAAACCAGGAUGCUAUUGAUGCUUCAAUUGUAGGGAUGCUAGGUGAUCCCAAGGAGUCAAGGGCCGGAAUUACUGAGAAACAUUUCCUACCCUUCAACCCGGUGGAUAAGCGCACUGCAAUUACCUACAUUGAUAGUAAUGGCGAGUGGCAUCGUGUUAGUAAGGGUGCUCCAGAUCAAAUCAUUGAACUUUGCGGUCUCAAGGGAGAGAUAGAAAAGAAGGCUCAUCAAGUCAUCGACACGUUUGCUGAACGUGGGCUUCGCUUCCUAGCAGUUUCUCAACAGAGAAUUCCAGAGAAAACACAGGAGAGUGCUCGAGAACCAUGGGAAUUUGUGGGUCUCUUGCCUCUUUUUGAUCCUCCGAGACACGAUAGUGCAGAGACUAUCCGACAAGCCCUUGAGCUUGGAGUCAAUGUUAAAAUGAUCACUGGUGAUCAGCUUGCCAAUAUUGGCAAAGAAACAGGUCGAAGACUUGGCAUGGGCACUAACAUGUAUCCUUCUUCUUCUCUCCUUGGCGAGAGCAAGGAUGAAGCUCUCGCCGCUAUCCCUUUUGAUGAACUUAUUAAGAAGGCUGACGGAUUUGCUGGAGUUUUCCCUGAUAUUGGUAUUGCAGUGGCGGAUGCAACCGAUGCUGCAAGGAGUGCUUCAGAUAUUGUCUUGACAGAGCCAGGGUUGAGUGUGAUUAUAAGUGCUGUGCUAACAAGCAGAGCCAUCUUCCAGAGGAUGAAGAAUUACACAAUUUAUGCUGUUUCUAUCACAAUCCGUAUUGUGUUAGGAUUCAUGCUCGUUGCUCUGAUCUGGAAGUUUGACUUCUCGCCAUUCAUGGGUCAAGCCAUCUCCGUACCUGACUCAUGGAAACUUAGGGAAAUCUUUGCCACUGGUGUUGUCCUAGGGGCCUACAUGGCUGUCAUGACUGUAGUCUUCUUUUGGCUCGCUAAUGACACUGAUUUCUUCACCGAGAAGUUUGGGUUGAAGCCAAUUCAUGAUAACAAUAAUAAACUUACCUCUGCUCUCUACCUUCAAGUGGCUACUGUCAUUGCUGUGUAUGCAAACUGGGGCCUGUCUAGAAUUGAAGGCAUUGGAUGGGGAUGGGCAGCAGUUAUCUGGAUAUAUAGUGUCAUCACUUACGUUCCUCUUGAUGUCAUCAAGUUCGUCAUCCGCUACACCUUGAGUGGGGAUAAGCUGCUCCAGAAUAAGGGCAAGGAAGAGAGGGAGGCACAAUGGGCAUUGGCUCAACGCACCCUUCACGGUCUGCAGACCCCACAAACUAUCUUCAACAACAAUAAUAUCUACCUCGAGUUAUCUGAGAUUGCAGAGCAGGCCAAGAGGCGUGCCGAGGUUGCAAGGCUUAGAGAGCUCCACACCUUGAAAGGGCACGUUGAAUCAGUAGUGAAGUUAAAGGGUUUGGACAUUUACAACAUCCGACAACAUUAUACAGUGUAAAGGAGUUGAAGGUGGAUUCCAGGACAAUAAAUGCAUGGGCAACCAGAGAUGGGGCACAUGACCAACAUGGAAUUCAUUUUAGUCAUCUCUCCUUUAAUUAUCUUUUUCUUGUUUUUCAAUGUACGUCGGUGGGGUGGGAGGAAUAAGAUUAUGUGUUUGGUUGUGGAUUUCAGGUAGAGAAGUUUAUAAUAAGAAGAGCAUGUCAAU